GGAUGGGCCUCCGACAGUCCGAGGUCGGGAAGGGCCCGGAUUCUCUCGCUUUCCAUGUUUUACUAUUAGGCCUGUUUGAUCUUCGUCAGGGCUGGCCUCACUGUGAAGUCCACUAGAAUUUAGCAGGCCUGAAUCUUUUUACCUCAUUUUUUUUUCUAUUCUCUGCCCCAAACGCACAAGCCCUAGCCGCCGACCACCAUGGCGGCGGCGCCACCUCCGGACCCGACGGUUCUAAUUGAAGACCUCGUCGAGGAGUUCCUCCUCCGCAUUCCCCCGGAUGACCCCGCCAGCCUCGCUCGCGCCGCCCUCGUCAGUAGGCACUGGCACCGCGUGAUCACCGGCCCCGUCUUCCGCCGUAGAUUCCGUGAGUUCCACCGCUCGCCACCUUUGCAGGGCUACAUCUCCAACAUCCACAAUUCCAUCCAGUUCGUCCCUAUAUCGUCGUUCCGCCCGCGCCAUGCUGACCUCGACGACGUGAUAGCGAUCCACUCAAGCCCUGGUCGCGUCCUUCUCUGUCGCCGCCCCGGGAAGGGUCUGGAUGUCUUCCCCGGGAAGGGUCUGGAUGUCUUCCUCUCCGUGUGGGAUCCCAUCACCGAUGAGCUGCGGGAUUUGCCCGCGCUGCCGCUGCCGGUGGUCCCAGGCCCGUGCACAUGUAACUGGGACGCGGCCGUCAUCUGCGCCGUAGGCGAGGGCUGCAACCAUAUCCAUUGCGGCUUCAAGGUCGUCUGCGUAGGAACUUCUCAAAGGAGGGACUUCUCCUGUGUCUAUUCACCCGAGGCUGGUAGCUGCUGGAGUGAUCUCAUCUUUGCUGCUUCAGGGGAACACACCAACUCCUUUGAGACGGGGACCUGUGUCCACGCUGGGAGCUCCCUCUACUUCCUGAGUCGAUUCAACCAUGAAAUCGUCAAAUAUGACUUGCUGACGGAUCGAAUGUCUACCAUUUGCUUCAGAGUAGAACCUGACGCCCAAAUUAACGGCAUGGCCACUGUGCUUAUUGCCACAGAGGACGGCAGGCUAGGAGUUGCCAAAACAAGCAAUUCAACGCUUGGUUGUUCAACACUUCACCUGUGGAUAAGGGACCAUGAAAGAUGGGAAGAAAGAAGGCCCAUUGAGCUUCGUAUGCUGCUCCCAGAUGAUGCCCUACGCGAUCCUCAAUUCCCGCCUGAAUUUUUUCCAGACAAGCCUUGGCUGGCUGGCUUUGCAGGGACAAGAGCUGGUGUCAUUUUCUUUAAGACACGUCUUGGGUAUUUUGUUGUUGAUCUGAAUUCAGGGACGAGCAAGAACAUAGGCGAGUGCUUAGGUUGGGGUUGCAUUAUUCCCUAUGUGAGCUUCUGCACUCCAGCGCCAGGAGCAAUAUCCACAGAUGAGGGACCAGAAGCUGGUCUCGAGGGCUAGGAUCUGGCUUGUGAAGUGAAUAAGAAGCUCUAAAUCAAGAAGGAUAUUUACUAGACCAGAAGCAUGGUUUGGGUGGGACGGAUAUCUCUACAUGAUUUUGUUGCUGUUCUGACCUUGUUUGUGCUCCUGAACUUGAGUUUGCAUAUUGCAAUCAAAUUAUGAUAAUGGUAUUGGCUCUCAUAUGAAAGCAUGGCACAUGGAAUUUAAUACUGUGUAUGACUGUGGACAAUUUUCCUCUUCUACGUUUUAACAUAGGACCAAGGGAUAAAAUCAGCUUACUCCAAUCCAGUUUUAUGAAUAGUUCAUUUGAUAGCUUUGUUGAA